CGAAGACUCGUAUCUGUUACCUUCCAUAGCAAGAGGCCAUCACAGCCCAAAUCAUGUCCGGCUACCAAGGAUUAAUUGACCAGGCCCAGAAAGCAAAGGAGACAGGUACCAAUAAAUCAAAUAAUUCUUCUAUAUGAAUAUUGCAUGCUUACUUGGCAAUACAUUGCUUUAGGGUUUUAUUUACUAAAUUAUGAAUUAUAGUAAAAGGAAAAUUGCAGUUCCAAAACUAGAUUAAAUUAGCUAAAUGGACCUGAAUGGGAGAUUAUUUUAAUUUAAUUUCACCACAGUUUACUGCUCAAUGAAUAAAGACUUAAAAUUUUAAUAUGUGCGCCAGAACAACAUGGUAUAUAUGGUAUAUAUAUAUAAGAACUGUCGUAAAUGAGAUAUUGGCAAUAACCCAGUAGUUAAAGGGAUACUCCAGUCACCCAGACCACUUCUCCCCAUUGGAGUGGUCUGGGUGCCAUCUCCCACUACUCUUAACCCUGCAAGUGUAAUUAUUGCAGUUUUUUUAUAAACUGCAAUAAUUACCUUGCAGGGUUAAGUCCUCCACUAGUGUCUGUCUACUAGACAGCCACUAGAGGGCACUUCCUGGUCGAUAGUACAGAGAACCUGUGCUAGAGCGUCGCUGGACGUCCUCACGCUGUGUGAGGACCUCCAGCAACGCUCAUUUCCCCAUAGGAAACAUUGAAAAGCAUGUUCAAUGCUUUCCUAUGGGAGAGCUCUAAUGCGCAUGGGCAGCAUUGCCGGCAUGCGCAUUAGGUCUCCCCGGAUCAGUCUCGCCCAGCGGCCGACGCAAUCACUGGGAGGAGCGGCGGCGGAGGAAGAAGCAGCGACGUGGGACAUGUCGCUGCCUCUGGUAAGUAACUGAAGGGGUUUUCACCCCUGCAGAAACCGGGGAUUGGGGGGUGGGAGGGAGAGGAAGAGGGAACCUGCAGUGCCAAGAAAACUGAUUGUUUUCCUUGCACUGGAGUUUCCCUUUAAUGAAAAGUUAACGGGUAGUGCUUUUUUCUUUUAUGAUGUACAUGAUAAACCAGCGUACCAUGUAAAUUAAUUUAGAAACUGCAGUAGAACAUGCACAAAUACCUGAGUGUUUGUGCUGUCAUGGGACAUGUUUCUGUAGACUUGGAUUUAGAGUUGAUAAGUCCAAGAUGACAAAGAGGUCCUGGGGAGGUAAGUGUGUUUUUACUUACCUCCCUAUAACAACAGCACCGUAUGGAGAGACAACAUAAGAAAGAUAGCGCCACUAGGUGCAAAUACUCUCAGGCACUCCCUCGAGUGCCCAAACAACUAUAACUUUACUUACCUCCCUUUCAUUGCUAGCGCUUGCUAAGGAUUAUAGGAAUGGAGUGACUGACAUCCCUCUGUUCAGAGGCCAUUAUGCUGGCAAUGAACUGCAACCAUAGUUGUUUAUUGUGCAUAAUGCAAGACUCCCGACAGUCUCAGCUGGGACAGUCGCAAUCUUGGCCUCCUGUCCAGCUGUCACAGGAUUGUUUCCUUGUGUCUCUAGAAGAGCUUGGUUUAUUAGACACACUCGCACUGUGCUGGCUACAUACAUUAAUCCAGUGUUCAUUUUGUUGAAAACUAAUUUUAGUCAAAUUUUAGUCGACUAAAAUUUUUGAGAUUUAGUCGACUAAAAUUAGACUAAAAGUAAAACAAUUCAGAUGACUAAAACACGACUAAAACUAAAAUGGCUUUUUAGUCAAAAGACUAUGACUAAAACUAAAAUUGACAUUUUCCACCAAAAUGAACACUGCACAGAGGGGCCGUGGAAAGGGCAAAAGAUACAGACCAGGGCUUGGGUGAGAGACACCUAGAGGGGCUGGGGAACACAAAGAGACACAGAGGGGCUGGGGAGGGGGCAAAAGAGACAGACCAGGACUUGAAAGAGAGACACCUAGAGGGGCUGGGGGACACAAAGAGACACAGAGAGGCUGGGGAAGGGGCAAAAGAGAAGGACCCGGGCUUUGGAGAGAGACACCUAGAGGGGCUGGGAGGACACAAAGAGACACAGAGGGGCUGGGGAAGGGGCAAAAGAGACAGAGACUUUUUACUAAACCCAUUAGAUUUUAGUUGUGUCAACUAAAGUCUACUGGAGAUUUAGUCGACUAAUACUAGACAAAACCUAAAAGAAUGCAGAUGACUAAAAUACAACUAAAACUAAAAUAGCUUUUUAGUCAAAAGACUAUGAUUAAAACUAAACUGAAAUUUGCCGCCAAAAUUAACACUGCAUUAAUCCCAUGGGCAGAGAGCUUUGAGAGCGUUCUAAGUACCGACUGGACAUAAUGGAUGCCAUUCAGCUCCCGUCAGCUUUGAGUUCAUUACAACUCCUACAUCAUAUGGGUUAAAAUUAAAUACACAGCCAGGAUUAUUUACUAAAGCGUAAAUUGUUAAGAAUUCGAAAUUAAUUUCAAAUUUUAGGCAAAAAAAAACUGAACUGGGAAAAUCAUCUUCUGUUUAUUCCAGUUGAAAUAUUUAAAUUCUCUUUUAAUUCCCAACAAUUCUCACUUUGGUAAAUGACCCAUGAAGUUUGAUUCAAACUGAGUAUACUGGGUAGAUGUCACUCACCUGCACAAUCUGAGAUUUAAACUAAUAUAAAAUAACAAUCAGGAGAACGCAAAUCCAAGUCUUUGUUGUGUUCCACCCAUGGAGACAAUACAUAGGAUGAAUGUAUAAUCUUAUGAAUCAUAUAAUUGCAAAAGCAAAAUAUUAGGACAGUCAAUUCAAUUUUCCAACACCUGUUAGUACAUAAUAACCCCUCGAGGCAACAGACACAGACAAACCGAGAGCAUCUGGCAUCAAUUACUGUACGGAAAACACAAACAGUCUUUUCCGAAGCUAUUAUUGACAUUAUGUUGUAGAAAGAUCUCCCCAUAUUCAAAAUUAUAAUUAGACCCUAAGUUUCUAAUACAAAAAGAUAUGUAUUCUAAGAGGUCUCAUAAUCUCACAUGGAGUUUAUUGUAUAGCUCCCAAGAAGGUCUGAAUUCUGAAAUGGUGAGCGCCAUUGAGGUGGUCCCACCAGAAAAUUGUAUGGCAGGUUGACUGGCUUCUGUGGUAGCUGUCUCCACUCGUGGAUGGUCUUAAAUGGACUUUGUCUCUGGUGUACCCAGAAAUAGGACAAUAUUUAUAAAAAGGAUUGGGAAACAGGAUCAAGAAUUUCAAAACAGGACCUAAGGGUUUCAUAGGUAAACUUGGCUGAAAAAUUGGAGAAUUGACUCAGUAAAUUUAAAUUGUAGAUCAUAAAAGUCUUGUUUGAAUUUUCUUUCAUUAUUAUAGUAGUGUUUACUAUGCGAUCAUACUUUAGUUGCCAUUCCCACUGUUUUUUGCAUUUCAUUUUUUAACGUUUUAACAGAAAUCGUGAGACGCAAAGCAAAUGGGGCAAAAAAUUUUUGGCAAAUGUUUCCAAUUAGUCAAUUGUGGCCUAUAAUUCAGAAAUUGGAUGCCAUUUCACUUCUGUUUCUGGUAUAAUUAGUUACGCUGAUGUUUUCCUCAAUUGUUAUGGAGGAAAUUGUUAUGGAAAUGUUGCAUGCUACGCCGUUAUUUAAAUACACUUUAUAUUUCUAUAGAGUAAUAGAAAUUAAUUUAUUUUCUUCAGGUGAUCAUGUAGUACAGGAAUGUACCCAGAAAGGCCAACAAUUUGGACAAGAAAGUAAGUAUAAAUAAACUACAUUGCACAAAUGCAGGAGAAAUAUAUUUAUAUCCAAAUGCAUCUUCCACGGGUAGCACUGGCACCAAUAGAUAUGAUGGCCUGGAGUUUGUGAAUUUUAUGGGGCAAAUUUGGGAUACGUCCAGUUUUCAGACUUGACCGCUUGAUUUGCUGAUCAAAUAUAGUGAAUAGAAGAAGACAUUUCUCAAAAGUAAAUAUUAGCCCCGAUAUGAAGGUGUGUCAGUUUUGUUUUUCUAACGUGCUAGUAUUUAUGGCCAAAUCAGUGACAUUCCCAUUUUAGUUUCCAAAGAUGCAAUUUUAAACUUGUCUCAAAUUUGAGACUGUUAAGCAAGCCACCUAUUCAGAACAGCUCCAAGAAAAAGUAUACAUUUUUCAAAAUUGUCAAAUCAAGGACAAUUUAGCAUGGCAUUUUAAGAAAGUGCAUAUUAUCAAGAAUUCAAAUUAAAAGAACAGUAUAGGAACCCAAACCACUUCAUGUCUGCGGAGUGGACAUGGUGCCAUGUUCAACUAGUUUUUACCCUGUAACUGAGGACCUUCAGCAGAAAUAGCAAACUUUUCAUUGCUGGGUUAACAUGCCUCUAGCGACGGUCACACUUAAACUCAGCUAUAUCAAUCAGAUUGUCUCAUAGAGACCAUUUGAUGGGCGCAGCAUCCGCUAGCCUUCAAGUGUUUCCCUACGUGGUAACAUUGGUUUGGUUGAUGAUCUCAGCCAAUAAGGAGAAAUGCAAUCGUGGAGACCGACGGCUAAAAGGUAAGUACUAUCCACCUCUCAUCCCUCACAUGGCGGUGGGGGACACUACAGUAGUUAGCAGGUCACUAUAGCAUUAUGAACACAUCUUCAUAUUGUUUCAUAUAAUUCCAAAUUGUAGACCUAAAUGGAGAUCCUGGAAAAUGUAUCAAGUUAGCCAUGUUUUCAGUUCAUCUGUUCUAGCGUUAGAUUUCAAAUCGCAAUUCUUUUCUCAAUUCCUGAAUUGUUCACAUACAUCUCGUAGUGACUGUGAAUGUUGUGUAAAGUGCAUUCGCACCAGUAUAAUAAUCUUCCCACUGAUUGUAAUCAGUUACAUACCUGGAGUACAGUCAUGACCCACAUAUAUUGGUCCCUUUACUACAGCCAUCUCAUUGAUGCGAUCUACAUGCCCAUCAAUUAAAUGACUUCAGUAAAUGUAUAUGCUCAAAAAAUUAUGCAUUUUAAAAUUUUAUUUAACACUAAUAUCAAAUUCCUACUCUAUAUAACAGCCUAUUGGAAUGGUAGAUAUAUGGAAUAAAGAAUUGAAAAUGGAUCCAGUUACUAUAUAUGCAAGAAUAGGAGCAAAUGCAUAUAUUGGGAUUUUUUUUUAUCAAUUAUAUUCUAGAUUAGAGUGAUGGAGGCAGAUGAGUUCUUGACCCUCAUUGAUGCUGGUGAUUAAGUUGGGGAACCCAGGAUGUGUGUUUUGGAUGGCAUAGCUCGUUUCAUUGCUCCUCUUUGGCAAGGUUUGUAUUAUAGACAGCAGGACUGAUGUCUUCACCAACUGGAAUACAGAAAAAAAAAACUCAGAGAACCGUAGCAGCAAAAGUCCCGAUCUCCUACUACUAAACCGCUAGGGAACAUGUGGCAAAGUGACAGAUUGCAUGCCUCCAGUGUUGGGAUGCUGAAACGUGUUGGAAUACCAUUCCUUGUGAGAACUCCUCAAGGUUUUUAGUAGCUCUCACACUUGCUGCUAUUUGCACAGGAAACAUAAAAUUAAACCGUGUACAUUUCCUUUUUGUAACAGCUUACAGUUCCCCCUACAAAUUCAGCCAAUGUGUUUUACUUGAAUAAGGUACUAGAUCUAAUAUGUGUGUGUUUGUUUUUUGUCAAGUUGUCGACCAAGGAUGUCAGGCCGCUCAGAAGACCUGUGACCAAGUGACUGACCAAGUGACUGAUCAAGUGACUACGCAGGUUAAAGACAAGCUUCCAGGAGGAAUAUGGAAAUAGACUUCAUUAUAGCUGUCACCAUAACCUUUUUAAUAACAUCUGAAAUAUAAGCUAUCUUGACUUACUAAUGUUGCCUCUGUGUUUACCAUUCAUAAACAUUUAUCCUGUAGAGAAUCUCUGUAUAGAGAAACAUAUUAGACUGCUUUACCUGGCCAGAGCACAUGCACACUCUCU